UUUGCAUUUAGCAAACCAAGACCUGAUACAUUCCACAAAUAAGCCAGUGACCAUAAUCGGCGGUUUCUUUUAAUUUUUGUAAUGUAAUGUAAUCUUCUGUCAGUAACGUGCGAUGUUAGUGGGCCGGAGAAAAGCGGAAACAUGGGUGCACAGUUUUUCGGUGGGCAGUGAAACGCGCAAGUACAAGGGCUUCACAAUCUAUCGCAUCACUUCGAUUGUAUUUCCUCGUUCCGCGCCCGAAGCCCUAACGCGCGUUACCUUAUGGAAGCGUUUCAGUAUGGUUAAAAGGCUCUACAAAGAGCUGGCUAGGCGCCAUCGAGAACGCCACCUACCCGGGACGAUACCGUCACUGGUGGAACAAUCGUACUUCAAGCGGUUCGAUCCCGCCGUCAUUGAGGAACGGAAGCGAUAUAUCUUACAGUUGCUGGAGUGCGCCGGCCAGGAGCCAGUCCUCUAUCUGUCGCAUGCAUUCGUCAGCUUCUUUGCUCGCGGCAUCUCUCCUGACGAAGGAGAUACGGAAAGCCUAGAUGGCGGCUUACUGUCGGUGAAGGAAAACGGCACGAGCGAUAACAGCGACGUUGGCAAUAUCGAGACAAUAAGACAAACGUUAGGCAUCCGGGUACGGGAUGAGCUGAGCCUAAUCGACCCGAGUCGCGAUGGUGAAACCACGGCAACUUCUAGUACGAGUGGUGGUGAGGAAGAGGAAGAGAAUGUCGAGACAGAUGGACCGAUUAUGGCUUCCCCGAUGAACGGUUCGAUGGUUAGCUCGUUGCUCUCCGAAACUGGGUCGCUGCAAUCUGAGGAAAAGUUAACCGUUGGCCAACAGCUGGAGAAGAUGCCUCCCGAGGAGACUAUGGAUUAUCUCGUCGCGGCAGCGAUGGUUUUCAGCAAGGCAGUCGAAGCGGAAGCGAACGGUGAAUAUCAACUCGCAUUCGAACACUACAAAGCAGGCAUCGACCGGUUGCUAAGCGGCGCGAAAGACGAUGCCAACGUGACGCGUAGGAAGAUCGCUAAGGAGAAAAGCUGCAAGUACGUGUCGAAGGCGGAAGAAAUUUACGAACUGCACUUGCAACAGACCGGCGCCGGUGGUGGUUCCGCCGUUCAAGAUCUAGGCCCGAUUUCCUACGAAGAUCCGAGCUCCCCGAUACAGCUUCUCGAGCGGCCACUCAACUACCUUUCGCGGUACAAGGUGGUAAAGGUGAUCGGAACGGUAAUGCAGGUGCAGGACGUCACGGACAAAAAGUUUUACAUAAUGAAAAGCAUCCGCCGACCACCGCCUGCCACCGGUGGAACGUGGCUUUCUAGUGCGGCCGUAUUCCCGCAGGAUGUGCCUUACAUGGUGCCGCUGGUCGCUUACUUCCAUUCGACGGAUGGAAGCAUUUUCCUUCUGCUGAGGCUGGUUUGUGCAGGAAAGCUUUGGGACUUUAUCCGCACGUAUCGCAAGCAGGAGAGCUACUGCCCAACACCGGAAGAGUUGGCGAAGCUGACCACCGAAGACGAACGUAGGGAAAACUCUCUAACCGCAGAAGGCCCUCCAGUAAAGUUUGAAAGCGAUAAAGCACCAACCGCAGGGGAGCAGAGUGUGAUGAAGGAUCUGAAUUCUUCCGGAUGUGAUUCGGGCUUCCUGGAACUCGUGAACGAAUACAGUGGCGAACAUGAUGAAUCAGUAAUGUUAAAAACGGAUAAUGCUUCAUCCCUGCACGGUCCGGAUGAUAUGGAUGAGAUGGCUGUCGAAGCGCAUCCCGACGUCCUACAACAAGAAGACGAGCAGGAGAUUGUUAUACCCUCGUUCGACGCCCUUUCGAAGGAUAUGGACGUUCGAGAGUUGGUCUCUUGCAGCCAGCAACUGCUAAAAGCCGUCACGCAAACGCUCGAGGAAUCGGAACCGAAUGCCAAAGUCAAAAGCGUCUUACUCGAUCCACCAUCAAUCCCGGAUCCUGCCCCGAUGGCAGAUGGCUUACAUUCUAACCGGUCUGAAAUGUCGAAUAGUAUUCAUAGCAAAGAACAAGCAAAAUCUCAUUCUAGUCAAUUAGGUUUAGUAGGCGUUGUAAGUAUUAGCGAGGCGAAUGGUGGUGGAGAUGCCGGAAACACCCCCGAUCUGCUGCCGGAAGGAAGCGUUCGUCGUUGGAUCAGCGAACUUGUUAUCGCUGUUGAUAGUUUACACUUCAAUGGAAUUGUGUGUGGGGAUCUUACGAUGGAUAAUCUUCUGCUCGGACCCGAGGGGCAGUUGAUACUGACAUAUUUCCAUCGCAGGGGUGAAUCCUACUUCAGCCAAGCCGGCAUCAGCGCGAUUGCACCGAAGCAUACCGCCGUUCGGGAGCUAUACGUGGCCCCGGAGCGUCCACUCGAGCCGAAGUCGGACUUUUGGUCGGUCGGCGUGAUCAUGUUCGAGAUGCUGACGAAGCGUAAGUUCGUAUCCUGCCAUCCGUCGGGUGUUUUCAGCUACCACGAGGUGCAGUACCCCGAAGGGAUCGAUCUUUCCGACGACGCGAAGGAGCUGCUGGAGGAACUGCUUCAGCCGGAGGUGGAACGACGGUACGAUUUCAAGCAAAUCAUCGCCAGCCCAUUUUUUCGGUCCGUCGAUUGGAGCGAAGUGAAGCGACGCGGCCAGAUCUCGACAAAAUGAAUAUGGUGCAUAUUCUAGCAGAAUGCGUGUU